CUUGUGGUCAUCUUUCGGACCUCUUUUCACCCGCCAUCCCCGAUAUCGAUAUCAGAGCAGGUCAGCCGCCUUCAAUCUCUCAGGAAAAAAAAUACAAUUUUUAAUCAUCCAUCAGCCUAUCAAUUUACAUACACGUAGUAAUUACUCCAUGCCAGGCGUUCCAACCAGCACAGGCUGCAAUACAUGCAGAAAACAAAAGAAGAAAUGCGAUGAAAAACAACCCAGCUGCUCGCGAUGUUUGCGCCUGCAGGUUCCUUGUAUCGGGUCUGGUACAAGGAGAUUCAAGUUUCAUGAAUUUUCUGGGGAAGGGGCAACCACACAGCAAUUGCCCUUGAUAAGCGAUUCGAAUUUCAAAGUUGUCACUGUAUAUCAAUCCAAGACAGUUAUCACAGGAAAAACAAGGCCUAAGAAAUCACUAAAUCACAGGUCCGAGAAAAAGUCGGCAGAAUUUCUCGGAGACUCAUCUGGUUCAGAGACGGCGUCAUUGAAGAUUCCCCAAUACUCAUUCUCUAGUACGCCUGAAUUCUCUAGCCCCCUUGAGCAACGAUUAAUGCAUCGAUGGUUGACAAGAACCAUGUGGUGCGUUUAUGGGGUGCCGAACGAUAUGGAAUAUCUCCAGGAAUAUUUACCACACAUGGCAUUGGCGAAUAAGUAUCUUAAAAAUGGCCUUCUUGCACUGGCGGCGGCAGAUUUUGCUCACUCUGGCGGACAAAAACAAUAUCUGAUGCCGGCACUUGAGUACAGUGUCAAAGCAGCUGCCGACUUUCGACUUCAGCUCAUUGACCUCAAUGAGCACAGUGCUAGCUUACUCUACGCUUUCAUAGAGUGUAUGGCAAUCUUCUCUUUUGUCACUUCGGGUCUGCCAAGACCAUUGGCACGACUCAGCAAGACUUUUGAUGUCAUGCUCAGCGCCAAAACUAUGUUCCUAGCCCGCUUUCCAAAUUCGCUGCCAUCCUGCCAGUCUGAAAUAGUGUCAAGUAUAGAUAUGUCGGUUCUAGAUAUUCUAGAUGAUGAGACAGCAUCAGCCCUCGACUUACUUACUACUAUCAGCCGCCAGAUCCGAGUACUUAUAACAGCCGAUGGGCAUACCGAGAUCGCCGGGGAUACCGAAGUGUAUCAAAUUGCCAUUGGACACAUAAAAUGCAGCUUUGCCGAGCAUAAAAGGGGUGUGAUAAAAAAUUAUUGCUGGAUUCUAGUCUCAGUAGUUGACAGAUGCUUCUUCCAAUCUCUCAAGCAAUUGGAACCCAUGGCUUUAUUAAUUAUGAUGUAUUUCGGGGUUAUUCUAGACCGAAUGGGGAGAGAUCCUACGGCAUGGUAUAUUGGCUCUCGGGGUAAAGAUCUCGUGGAAGAUAUUUCGGAAAUUUUAGAGCUAUCCCCUGUUUCGCAGAUCCCAGAUGGGCAAGUGGCAAUAACCUGGUCGAGACAGCAGGUUGGCAUCCUUCCCUAUAUAUUACCACCAUCGAUUGAGGAUCUAGAAGGUUGUUAAACAAGUGGAUGUGAGAUUGGAAGUGGUGUUUGUAUUAUCACCUACAUCAUUCAGUUCAUUGAUAGAAACAUUUUGGUAUGAUAUAUACUAUAAUUUUGCAAAAAGAAAAUCAGAAAUAA